UGCCGCCCCACCCCGAGUUAAAAUGUUGCAGCUGUUCGUCAUAUCAUUGCAUUCAUGUGACAACCCUUGCAAAUCAUUGACGAGGAUGAAAUGGAUUCUCCAUUGGCACUUUUUAAGUUUUCCUUUGGAAUUACACCAGAUGCGAGACUAUUUUGAAUUGGCUACACUUAGCAAAGAAAAGGUUUCUUUAUUUGAAACAGGCAAUGAGAAUGAUGCAAGCGAUUUUACUGAUCUUCCUGAAAAAAAUGGUCAUAAAAUUUUGGCGCCAUCUGAAAGUGGUAUUUGUUCUUGUGGUGCAGAGUGGGAUAAACGUUCUAUUCAAGAUGAAUGGUUGUACGUAGACUUGUGUUCAGUUGCGUACUUUUGUUCAAUCCAUGAUGUGAAGGUGUAUUGUAGACCUUGCUCCUCUUGUGCUACGAAAAAGCAUUAUGAUGGCAUUGAAAACAGGAUUGUAUGGUUUGGAUCAUAUGCAAUAUCUCAUGCCGUUCUAAAAGAUUACAUUCGGCUUUUCAUAACGUCGAGGUACUUUUGAUCUACCCAAGAAAGAUUACAUUGGGCUUUUCAUAACGUCGAGGUACUUUUGAUCUACCCAAGAAAGAUCUCUCGUGGUAACAUGUUAGGUAUGGCCAGUGGUUGGUCAUCGUCAUUGAGCCUUUUGACACCAGUUCAGAAUACGUUAAAUGUCCUGAAGACGUUGAGGAGG